AUGGUUGUGAAGUACAGCAUUGUGCCGAAUGGAACCCAAAGCAGCCAGCCAGACGGCGCUUUUGAGCAGCUGGACGGCUCGGCCCUGCUUUGGUCCGUCCAGGCAGGUGAAGAGGCAGACGAACUCGCGGGCGGUUUUGCGCUGGAGAUCUGCCGGCCUCGUACAGCCAGUGGCCACCCAGGAGUUGGCAAAGGGCGCGGCGCUGCCUUGGCGCUACCCAACGGCUCCGAGGGCGGCCCGGCCCGGCAGCAAAACCAUCCAGAGAUCUGCGGCGAUGAGGAAGACACGGACGCCGUCGCGCCGCUUCCAGAGCGAGCCGCUGCCCCGAGGCUGGAGUCCGAGCUGGGAGUGCAUGGAACCCGGGGCCUGGCCCGAGCCAUGUGGCGUUGGCUGCUGCUGCUGCUGCUUUCCCCGCUGCUGCUGGCCCGGGCCCAGCAGCAGGCCGCCGGGGAGCCGUGCUGGGAGGCGUUGCUGCGCUGCCAGGACGAGCCGGACUGCGGCUCCGCCUACAGCCAGUCGCAGGCGGCCUGCCAGCCAGUCCUGGGCGGGGAGCAGCAAGAGUCUCCCGCCGGCGGCGCCCCGCCGCUCUGCCCCAGCCACUGCAUCGGAGCGCUGGUGCGCCUGAACCGCAGCCGGAGCGGGCCGGCUCUGGAGCGCUGCGAGUGCGGGCAGGACGCGCGCUGCCGCCGGCUGAAAGCGGCCCUCGAGCCCUGCCUGCCGCGGCCCUCCCGCAGCGGCCUGGGCUGCACCGCCGCCCGCUUCCGCUGCCAGCAGGAGCCGGCCUGCCAAGCGCCCCUGGCCGCCUACUUGGCCCGCUGCGGGCAGCUCUUCAACGGGCGGCGCUGCACGGGGGCCUGCCGGACCGCCAUCGGGCACCUGCUGGCCGCGCCCGGCGGGCCGGCCCUGGAGCGCUGCGUCUGCGACGGCACCGAGCGCCCCUUCUGCCAGGUGCUCAAAGCCAACAUGGGCCGGCUGUGCUUCGGGCCGGCGCCGGGGAGCCCUUCCGUCGAGGCCGAGGAGGACGACGAAGCCGACGAAUACGCCGACGAGGAGGGGGCGCUGCCUGACGGGGGCGCUUGGCUGCGCUCCGACGGCCCUCCCUGGCGCCCCAAGACGCGGCGCGCCUUGGCACUGCGCGCCCUGCCGGUUGUGGCGCUUCUGUGGCUGAUCUGGGGAUGAGGACUGACGGAGCAGCCGUCCCCGCCGGCGGACCCACACCCAAGGGCGAGCUAGACGCCCGGACCCGCUGAUGGCUCCCCGCUUGGGAGAAGGGCAAGAGAAUCUGGUUGGGAAGGCCGGGAACUCGCUCCCGAAAAGACCUCUCCGUCGGCUCUCCGGGGUGGAAUGAGAAGUCGCCCCCAAGACGUCGUGGUCACCCUGGCUGGGUGCCUUGGUGGGUCUCUGAGGGCUGGAGGAAAGCUCGAGAUCGGCCCUUCAGCUUCUGUAUGAACGGUUUCAAUCCGGUUUAGAAACGGAUUAAGGGCUCCUACUCGCAAACGUCGCGCCUUUUGAUGUCGCCGCCCUGGGAGCAGGUGCGCUUACCUGCAGCACCUUAACUGAGCUUGUUCCGUCAUUCCCACGGCAGAGCUGAGGACUUCCCAGGCGGCCAGAGGGAGGGGAGGGAGGUGGGUGUGUUGGGCAGAGCGCCGCCUCCCCACGGGGAGGGUUUUCCUCAAUGUAAACAGAAGUGCCAUGAAUCGACUGGAGUGGGCGUUGACCGAACCAGCUGAGCCCUGGGUGAUGAUUUAAAUUGGGUUUCAGGUUGCUGAUGAAAAAGUUGGACUCUUAGUCGGCCCGAAUGAUGAGGACUCUCUCUGUGAGGACUACUGGGAGCUCUUGUUCCAGGGGAAGCCUCCUGACUCCUUCAGCUCCAGCCCAAGGCAGGGAAAUGGCCAUUUCCAGGGCAGUAGGCAGCUGGAAAAGCCUGUUGGGGUUUGUUAGAAUCCUCCCAAGGAUGAUCUUCUUUUAACAGGGGUUAGGAACAUAGGAAGCUGCCUUAGGAUGAUCAGACCAUUGGUCAAUGUCGCUCAGUAUUGUCUACCCAGACUGGCAGCGGCUUCUCCAAGGUUGCAGGCAGGAAUCUCUCUCAGCCCUAUCUUGGAGAAGCUGCCAGAGAGGGAACUUGGAAUCUAGAUGCUCUUCCCAGAGCAGCUCCAUCCCCCUAAGGGGAAUAUCUCACAGUGCUCACACAUGUAGUCUCCCGUUUGAAUGCAAACCAGAGUGGACCCUGCUUAGCUACAAGAUCAGCUCUCCUCUUCCUAACCUUGGGUCCCCAGAUGUUGACAGAGGUGCUCUCAUCCCUGGACUUUGGGGCUGAAGUCCAGGGCCUCCACACCCCCUAGAGUCCCACAAAUCCUCUCUAGUCUGUCCUGGGUGAGGCGGUUUGUGCCCUCAAGAAUCUACAUGUUAAAAAAUGAUGCUUAACUUGCAGCGGGGGUGGGUGACUCCAAAGGCCUUUCGGUCCAGGCUCCAAAAUUACCCAGGUGCACCUCUGGUUGCUGGAACUACCAUUCCCACCAUCCCCCAUCACAGUGGUCUUCUGCAAGUUAAGGCAGGGGUUCCCAACCUCAGGUCCUUGGAUGUUGGACUACCAUUCCCAUCAUCCCCUGACGCAAUGGCCAUUGCAGCAGGGUGGUGGUGAUGGGAGUUGUAGUCUAGCAGCAUCUGGGAACCGGAGGUGGGGAACCCUGAGCUACUUAGGCCACCGGCUACUUAGGUGUUGCUCGCUGUUCUUUGUUCACCCCAGCCAUCUUUCUCCCUUGCACAUGCUGUAUAUAGAAAGUGAAGAUGCCACGGGGCAGGAGGUGACGGCAAGCUCUAGCAAACUUUGUGUGUCAACUUUUUAUAAAAGCUUUUUUUGAUGGUAA